UUGCCUACGUGAUGACGUCACUUAGAGACGUAGGCAAGCGGCGUAUUCUUGCUGCCCGCAACAUGGCUGUGGUGUCUGGCUAACAGACUGCAUGCGGCCAUGGAAGUCUUCCUGAAGCCUAAAAGCGUCUUUUAUUCGGCCGCUUGUGCUCCGUCUGCACGCUAACAUCCAGCCAGCUCACUUCCUGUCCACACAAGAUGGCGGACUUCCCGCCAGUGUUAGAAGAAGAAGGAGGAGGACGACUCGGCCAGCACAUCUUCGCUCGCUCCAGGUCGGGUUCCGAGUCAGAAAGCGAACUGUCCCAAAGCUUGGCUCGCACUAAAAUACGAUCUUACGGAAGCACAGCCAGCGUCUCGGCCUCUCUGGGCGAAAAAUACAUCGAACAUCGCCUCUCUGACGGCGACACUCUGCAGGGGAUCGCCCUGAAAUAUAACGUGACGAUGGAGCAAAUCAAGAGAGCCAACAAACUUUUCAGCAACGACUGCAUUUUCCUGAAGAGCAGCCUCAACAUCCCCGUAGCCACGCAGAAGCGCUACAUUUUUAACGGACUGUCUCUAGAGUCUCCUGAUGGGGACGACCAAGCAGCACAGCAGCAGGAAGACCAGAGACCUUGGCCUGAAGACUCCAAAGGUUCUGGACCCCCAGCAGAGGAGCUCUCAGCCCAAGACUUCUUGACCAGACUGGACUUACAAAUCAAAAGAUCCAAGCAGGCGGCAGCAAGACUGAAAGAAGAGGAAGUCAGUUUGUCUUUUGCAGGAGCGAUGAGGUGAACUUCACUGCUGCCACCACGUCCUACCAGGAAAUAUAAACCUGCCACCAUGUCCUACCAGGAAAUAUAAACCUGCCACCAUGUCCUACCAGGAAAUAUAAACCUGCCACCAUGUCCUACCAGGAAAUAUAAACCUGGAAAAGUAAGCUGUAAAUAUGAGCAGGAAUUAUAAUGUAAGGAAAUAUAACUCAGCACCUUGCUUGUUUACCUUCUUGUUUUUGUGUCUUGUUGACCUUUUCUUUAUUCUGGAUAUGUAAAUGUGUCCCAUUUAUUUAUGUGUCCAACAUUAUUUAUGUCUACUUUUAUUGUGCUUAUUCAUAAACAUUUUUGGAGUGUCCAACAUUAUUUAUGUCUACUUUUAUUGUGCUUAUUCAUAAACAUUUUUGGAGUGUCCAACAUGAUUUAUGUCUAUUUUUAUUGUGCUUCUUAAUAAACAUUUAUGGAGUGUCCAACAUGA